AUGCCACCUCCUCUCCGCACGCGGAGCAGAUACAGCUCCCGCCCUGUUGUGACGGCCCUCUUGCUUAUCAUGAUAAUAACGACGUAUUAUGCGCUCUUCUCGCCAGCAUCAGAUAUCGCCAGUCGCCAACAACUACACCGGCGCAGUUCGAAACUUGUCGCGCGACAUGUCAACGACAAUGUGGCGAGAGUGGAGGACGUCGACUGUCGCAUGGUGCACACCGCCGAGGACCAGUGCGCCUUCAUCCUCGCCAACUGCGAAGACGACGAAGCCGGGCUCGUCCAUUACUUGUCGUUUUACUACUGCACCCUCGGCGGCGCGAAACCCGUCGCCUUUGCGAUUCUUGCCAGCUGGCUUGGUUUGCUAUUCACGACUAUCGGGAUUGCCGCCAGUGACUUCUUCAGCGUGAAUCUCAGCACCAUCGCCAGUGUCCUGGGUCUGAGUGAGAGCUUGGCAGGGGUUACGUUUCUCGCGUUUGGAAAUGGCUCUCCGGAUGUGUUUAGCACCUUUGCCGCCAUGGGGUCUAAUAGCGGGAGUAUGGCCGUUGGCGAGCUGAUAGGAGCGGCUGGCUUCAUUACUGCCGUUGUGGCGGGUUCCAUGGCGUUGGUGCGGGAAUUUAAGGUCAGCAAGCGCACCUUUGUGCGAGACAUCGCCUUCUUCAUCGUGGCUAUUAGCUUUACGAUGGUUUGUCUGGCGGAUGGCGAGCUGCACUUGUGGGAGUGUUUGUGCAUGAUUGGGUUUUACCUAUUUUAUGUGGCGGUUGUUGUUGGGUGGCAUUGGUUUACGGCUAGGAGGAGACGUCAAAGAUUACGAGAUGUUGCGUCCCGUACGCACUAUUUCGGGCCUUCGGGUAGGGGAACGGAAGAGUUCGAGCCGUAUCGUGAUGAGCCGGAAGAUGAUUCGGCACCGGUGGGUGGCCGGUCGAGCAGUGCUCCGGAGGUUGCCGAUAUCAGUGUCUUGGAGCGGGCUCCACGAAUCGAGGUUGAUGGUGUUGAGGUCCCGGCCGCGCCGUCACCGGAAGAUCAAGAAGAUCGAGAAUUGCACGUUGCGACGGAGAUGGCCAACAGCAUGCGUGCAAAUCGCCCUCGAUGGACUCGGAGCAACACCACCACUAUUGCUCCUAUUCGACCUAGCCUCGUCGGUGUGUUGGAGUUCCGAUCUGUAUUGUCCUCGCUACAGAAAGCGAGGAAUAUGCAUAUGGGGCCCCUUCCUACUCGAGCAAACUCUGGUCACCAACGGGCCAGCUCUACUGCCGAACUUCCUCGUGGCCGUCCCAGGAAUAGUACCCUGCCGGCUCAUCUACCGACAAACUCGAGAGAAAGAGCGCUGUCACACGGCAACAACCCCCUGAAUCUACCAAACGAUGCUCUUCCACAGCCCGAGUUUGCCCAUGGCAGACCGAGCACCCGGAUGAGUUCAGCAAGCCGCACCGUUGACGGCAUGCUUGCACCACCAUUAGGCUCUUUGACAGCAGCCAUCGACCAUGCGAUGCGGGAAGAGCAAUCGCCUGGGCAGUCUCCCAUGCCUUCUCCACGCUUGCAGUUGCAAAUACCGCCAUCACACAGCAGAACUUCCAGCGGUCACUCGUCACCAUCGCUCUCACCUUUUCCCGGAUUCAUGGAGUCUCCAGCCCUUCUCACACCAGCCUCACCAGAACACCCACCCGCUUUCCCCUUUUCAGACUCUUUGGAUAUGCGCCGUCAGUCCAUUUCUGGGUUUUCUGACCAAGUAGAGGAGCCCAAACCGGUCAGAUGGUGGCCUUACUCGGUGCUACCACCUCCUCAUGUGCUUCUCGCAACCUUGUUUCCCACACUUCAGGGGUGGAGGGAAAAGACGUGGUGGGACAAGAUACUCAGUGUGAUAUCGGUACCGAGUAUCUUUCUGCUCGUCACAACACUGCCGGUCGUCGAAACGGAUGCCGGCGACGGCGAGAGCUCGGAAGUGGAUUUCUUGGACUCUCCCCCGUUCGGCCAGCCGGGGAACACUGCGGUGCCCGUCUCGGUAAUGGAAGCCAACCUCGCGGAACCCGAGACAGAAUGGGAGGAAUACCGACGAAGGACCAAGUCCGUGUCGUCACGGUCGAUGAUAAGCCCAUCGGCAUCUCAGUUGUCACUACAGCAGCCACCAGACUCGAGCUCGACGCUUGUUUCUGGCUCUGACCGCCAACAACAACCGCAAUUUCCCAACUCUACACCGGUCACGCCACAGGUCAAUAAACCCGUCAGCCUCGAACCCGACCGAGUGACCACGGCAUCGGAGCAUCCAGCAGGAUGGAACCGCUGGCUUGUCGCCCUCCAGCUUUUUACAGGGCCAAUGUUUGUUGUCCUCAUCGGGUGGGCCAACACGAUGGAGGACUAUGCGAACCCGACGAAGACGCUUUUGAUGCUUGUGUUGUACUCGCUGGUGGUCUCGCUGUGUCUGCUGGCGGCACUCCUUUUGACGACAUCACCGGAUUCGAAACCCAAAUACCACUUUCUGCUCUGCUUUCUCGGGUUCGUGAUUAGUGUAGCGUGGAUCUCGACGAUAGCAGGGGAGGUGGUGGGGGCGAUGAAGGCGUUUGGGGUUAUUCUGGACAUUUCGGAGGCGAUCUUGGGGUUGACCGUGUUUGCGGUGGGGAACUCGCUGGGGGAUUUGGUGGCUGAUGUGACGGUUGCUCGGUUGGGGUAUCCGGUUAUGGCGUUGGCGGCAUGCUUUGGAGGUCCAAUGUUGAAUAUUCUGCUUGGGAUAGGGAUCGGGGGCGCGUGGAUGGGGAUCACGAAGGCGAACAAGCGCCAUAGGAAACACCCGGACAGACCGAUUGAGUACAAGCCGUAUCACAUCCAGGUUGGGGGCACGUUGAUGAUCUCGGCGGCGACGGUGCUGAUGACGUUGAUUGUGCUGCUGAUUUUGGUGCCGGGGAACAACUGGAUGAUGACGAGGAGGAUUGGGUGGGUGUUGAUUGCCAUUUGGUCGGUUAGCACGCUGGUCAAUUUGGUGGUUGAGCUUACGGGAGUGUGGGCGGAUGUGUCGUGA